AUGACCAAUUCCGCUCAGCCUGAAUCUCACGUUAAUGAGGCUUUUGCUGGCACAGCAAAUGAUAAUGUUGCCCAGCCCAAGCAACACCGCCAUUGGGGGUGGGGACACGACAAGGGAAGCAAACUAGCCACAAGUCAGCAACCUAGUCAGGGACAAGAAGAUAUGGACUGGGUUAUUGGCACGUAG